CUGUAUUGUGUGAGCACUAUGGGGUGAUGUCACCAGACAGGAGGUUGGAUUUUCCCAAUCACUUCCGGGAGCCAUGAUGAGUCAGGAAUCUCGACCGGGAGCUUCUACACCACAAGCGUCCCAGCCUGUGCUCACUCAGCAGCUAUAAACACACACACACACACACACACUCACCCACACACACACGCUGUCUCUGCCUCGCUCUCUCACUUUUUCCUCUGUCUCCACUGAGGUGACCCACAUCUCACACUGAGCUGAGGCUGAGUGAGAACAUAACACGCGCACACUCCGGAAUACGAACACACAGCCACUCACACACACGGAAAACUCAAAGAUCAAGAAGAAAAAUGAGUCGAACUCUACCGCACAUGAAGCCUUUCAAUGCUACAAAGACAGGAACCAGUGCACAGCUUGAGCUCUCGGCUGCGGUGGGUUCAAAGGCCCCCCGGUGCACCCUGCGCAGGUUCCUCCUCCUGAAGUACAUCCAGACACUGCUGCUGCCGCUGGGCAACGAGCUGCUGCUGGCUGCGGGCGCGCUGGCCAGCCUGCACACCCUCCUGGUGCUCACCUCACCGUGCCUCUCUCGCAAGGCCUCCACCGUGCUGCUGGGCCAGCUGGCCUGGGCUGAUGGACUGCUGCUGCUGCGCUGGGGCCUGGACCUAGAGUCGGGGCUUGGGCUGGGAAAGGUGUGGCUCUCCCUGAGUGGUGUGGAGGCGACACCCUGGCUUAAGAGCGGCCUGCUGGAGGCCCAUCACCUCAGCAGCCUGCUGCUGCUGAGCUGCGUGAGUCUGGAGGCGCUGCUGGUGAGCCGCUGGGCCGAGGAGUCCCGACACCUGCGGACGGUGCAGGGAGCUCGACUUGCCAGUGCCCUCAUCUGGACUGGGGUGGCAUUGCAGCUAGCAGUGCAGUUGGUGGGACACUGUGCACAGACAUCAAAGGCGGAGGGGGGGUCAGAAUCAGACAUGGCUGGGGGGUCAGUUAGGGUGUUGAUGCAGGUAUGUGCCACCAUGGCUCCACUCACACACUUACUGAUGCGAGGUUUACAAGCGUUGCUUUGGCUGGCAAACACUUGGGUCCUCUACCAAGUGUUUUACCGUAAGUCACAGAAGGGGAAGAGCUGUUUCCACUAGGACAUUUACUUUUUAGUGCGUAACCAAAACAAACACGCUUGAUAGGAUGUGUUUAUUUAUUUAUUUAUUUAUCUUUUUUUGUGGAUGUUGUGUUUGUCAUUGUUUAUUUAAUUUAAUGAGCUGAGGAGUUUAAUGUUUGGUGCCACAGGGCAUUUAGCGAAACUGACGUCAUCUGUGUGGCAUUUGCUUGGGUAAGAGGAGCGAGAGAGAGAGUGAAGGGUGUGUGUGUUUCUGUUUAAGAGAGCUAAGUCGCAUAGCAACAAUGAGGCAACGGUAUGAUUGCUUGCUCAUAGAGCUAAUUUACUUUAUAAUUAACUUUUCAGUAAAAACACUGCACUUGAAACUAACCUUGUCUGUGUGUGUGUGUGUGUGUGUGUGUGU